AUGGUCUGUCUCUUUCUUUGCAACCUCCCCUGGCAGAAACCCUGCCGUCGCCGUCAUCGUGCUGCAGCCGGAGAUGCCAACACUCUCAGAGAGUUCCUACGCAAACAUCCCACAGAGGUGAACACCAAAGCAGCUGGCAAGGCGGCCAUCCACUGUGCCUGUGCAGCUGGCAAUGUGGACGUGCUCAAGGAUGAAGACGGUGACAAACCACUGCAUCUCUGUGCUUACAGUGAUGAAGAUGAAGCCACGACCAUUCUUAUCGAUGCUGGAGCUGAUGUCAACUCUAAGAAUUCUAAGGGGGCGUCCCCUCUCAUCAUAGCAGCUGUCAAGGGCCACUACAGUGUGCUGAGGAAGCCAGCCAACCAUCCCAACAUCAAGCUCCAUGAGCAAGAUUCCGAUGGAGACACUGCACUUCACUGCGCCGUCCUCGCUCAGAAGAAUGAGAGUGUGACGAUCCUAUUGGACGCUGGAGCAGACCCCACCCUCCUCAACUUCAGACUAUUCACACCAAUCCACGAGGCUGCUCGUAUUGGGUUCCUACCAGCUGUGGAGCACUUCAAUCGUCGGUUUGUAGAGCACAUCAACCUGCUCAAGGACGACGGGUACACUCCCCUCCACCUGGCAGCACUUAAUGAUCACCUGGACGUUGUCACUGCCUUCGCUGAAGUGGUGCAGUGUGACCUCAAUGCUAAGACCAACCAAGGUCAGACAGCACUUCAUCUUGCUGUCCACCAAGGUCACGCUCGUAUCAUUGAGAGACUGGUGGGGUUCGGGGUAGACAUGAAUAUUCUAGACAGUGAUGGAGACACAGCUCUUCACAUGGCCGUGGUCAAGGAGACAGUGGACAACCUCACACAAGAGACUCCUCAACUCAAGAAGGUGAAAGACAGGUUGCCUGGUCAGCAGCUGAAGGCGGUUAUUCCGUGCUUCCUAGUACAAGAAGGUUCAGAGAUGUUCAAGACUAACAAGAAGGGUCGAAAUCCAUUGGAGGUUUGCUCACCUGACGUAGCAACCAUCGUCAUGGGAUUCGACAAGGACGGUGGUGGUGUGAAGUUCCAUGGUAGUCUGAAAUCACCUGCCCCCCCAGUGGUGGUUCAGGGCACACAGAGAGGACCUUUGGUGUACCCUACUCCCCUGCGUACUGGCAGUGCCACCCACCACCCACCCACAGCCUCUCUGCCAGUUGGAGUUAUGAUCCCUGCUGGAGCCACUGGCGGUGGUAGUGUGGGUGUGGCCAUUGAGCCGUGCUUCCUGUGUGAGGCUCCAGUGGACGUCAAGUUUGAGCCAUGUGGUCACGCUGUCAUGUGUGCAGAAUGUGCACAGAGAGCCAAGAAAUGCCCCAUUUGCAAAGCUGCAGUCAAGACUAUCUCCAAGCUGUCCAAGGUUUGUGUGAUGUGUAAUGAAGAGGAGGCCACAACCACUGUCAAGCCAUGUGAUCACACCUUCUGUCCAGAAUGUGCCCGGAGGAUGAAGACAUGCUUUGAGUGUCGAGUGCUUAUUACUGCAAAAGAGGGACUACCCCCCGUCUCGGCCACCAGUGUCCAUCCGCUGGCCAGCCCGGACUCUGAAUCUAAUUGUCCUAUUUGUCUGACAGAGCCUAAGAACACGGCCUUCCUCUGUGGGCACCAGACAUGCUGGGACUGUGCACAGAAGGUCGACCAUUGCCCAGUGUGCAGGAAGUUUGUGACUCAUAGAAUUCAGUUGUUCCAGUGACAAUUUAGUAUUUGUUUCGUUUCUUUCUUUUCUGACUUUGUAUAUCUUAUGCAGACUGUUUUGAUUUUAUGGACUCCGUUUUAAUUGGUUUGUACACGUGCAGUGAACAUUAGACAACUUUUGUGUGUAGUGUUAAUUGUUGUUUCGUUAUUUAUGUCAAUUAUUAGUUACCAUGUUUAAUUGUAUACUCUUUUGAUAACGUUUGAUAACGUAAUUACAUGAACAAAAUUAAGUUAAACAUUC